AUGCAAGGCUUCAACAUGGGCCGCUACGUGCCCCCCGACCUCGAAGGCACCGUCUCCGGCAACGCCCUCCACGCCAAGCUGCCGCCAGGCCGCUCCGCCGCCAAGCCCGGCGUCCAGACGGUCCGCUUCGAGAUGCCCUUCGCCAUCUGGUGCUCGACCUGCCCGAAGCCCACCAUCAUCGGCCAGGGCGUGCGCUUCAACGCCGAGAAGCGCCGCACCGGCGCCUACCACUCGACCCCGAUCUGGACCUUCCGCAUGCGCCACGCCGCCUGCGGCGGCACCAUCGAGGUGGCCACCGACCCGCAGAACACGGCCUACGUCGUCGUCGCCGGCGCCGCCAAGCGCGACACGGGCCCCGCGGCCCGCGACGGCGACGGCGACCUCGUCGUCAUGACCGACGAAGAGAGGGCCGCCCUGCGCGCCAGCGCCUUUUGCGAGCCUCGAGAAGACCAUCGACGACCGCGACGCCGCCGCCGCCGCGACCGACGCAUCGACGACCUCGAGGACGUGGCGCGCCGCCAGGAGCGCCAGGCCGGGGUGGACGACGGCCUGCGCGCGCGCAUCGGCUUCGACUUGGACCUGCUGCCCGCCACCGAGGCGGAUGCGACGAGGGCUGCCCUCGUCGAGUUUGGGGACCACGACGACGACGACGGCGACGACGCAGGGAAGCGUGCCCACAGGACGUUGGCGAAGCCUCUGUUCGUCAAGGCUCACGGAGGCGGCAGGAGGGAGGAGAACAAAAUAAAAAAGAGCGCGGCCGGCGGCGGCACGGCGGCGGCGACGCCCAAGAGCAAGCUGCUCGCUUCCCAGCGGAGAGCAGGCUUCGUGUCGGAGCUUGUCGGCAACACGCGCAUGGCCACCGAUCCAUUCUUGGUGGACGCCAAGAUGUCGAGCUCAUCGACCAAGAUGAAAGGCCUCAUUUCAGGGAUCAAGCGCAAGAGAGAGGCUGCCGAAGGAGCUGACGCAGAACAGCCGACGCGCGAAACGGCACAACAGGAAGCCGCACCACCAAUGGGAUUGGUAGCCUAUGACUCGGAGUCGGAUUGA